GCCCUAUUUGUCUUCCACACCCCCAUCCACUGCAACAUUCAGGCAGGUUCACUUAAUGUUCUCGUGCAGGCUCGGUAACGCCGCUGCUGUGUUGGGAAAUACUCGGUGAUUCGGGAGCGUUCAGAGUGUCAAUCAGCAGCCAGACCUCAAGCGACGCUUCUACACUACAGACCCUGUAGAACAACACGACAAACAUGGCAGAUCCCAUGAACCAAUCUUCUCAGAUUUCGUCGUCACAAGGCCUUAACGAUGGACAUUCUGCAUCGUCCAAAGACUCGAAGUUUUCCGAUUCCUUUUUUUCUUCGCCUGUAUCUCUCAUUCAGUCUCCUCAAGACAAAAGAGUGGUACUGGGCUCUGACAAACCUUCAGAGAAUUUGGCCACAUCUCUUCGCUUUUCUUCUCAGUCAAGUUCCUUUUCACCAGUUGCUUAUGGAAUUGACUCUUCACCUGGUGACAACAUAGAUCAUACCAUCAAAGAGAAACGGGAGCUUUUUGAGUCAUCUUUUGGCUUUCAAAAGCAGGACUCCCCUAUAAAGACAUCCCCUGUGUCUGAGAGAAUCAAAGCACUAGAAGCUUUAGCUGCAAAGCAGAAUGAUUUUGAUAGAAAUGAUGGGGGGUUUCCACAUUUUAAAGAGCGUCACUAUGAGAAGUCCCCUACUGAAUCACAUGGAAUUUCCUCCCGCUUGUCCUUCCAGAAAAGGACAAUAUCAAAUGAGCAGGAAUCUUCAGAAUUACCCUUUCAGAAAAGGAAAAUGUCAAGUGAGCGGGAAUCUUCAGAAUCACCCUUUCAGAAAAGGACCAUGGCAAAUGAGCAAGAAUCUCCACAAUCACUCUUUCAAAAAAGGACCAUGUCAAAUGAGCAGGAAUCUCCAGAAUCACCCUUUGAGAAAACGACCAUGUCAAAUGAGCAGAAAUUUCCAGAAACACCCUUUGAGAAAACGACCAUGUCAAAUAAGCAGAAAUCUCCAGAAUCACCCUUUGAGAAAACGACCAUGUCAAAUGAGCAGAAAUCUCCAGAAUCACCCUUUGAGAAAACGACCAUGUCAAAUGAGCAGAAAUCUCCAGAAUCACCCUUUGAGAAAACGACCAUGUCAAAUGAGCAGAAAUCUCCAGAAUCAACCUUUGAGAAAACGACCAUGUCAAAUGAGCAGAAAUCUCCAGAAUCAACCUUUGAGAAAACGACCAUGUCAAAUGAGCAGAAAUCUCCAGAAUCACCCUUUGAGAAAACGACCAUGUCAAAUGAGCAGAAAUCUCCAGAAUCAACCUUUGAGAAAACGACCAUGUCAAAUGAGCAGAAAUCUCCAGAAUCAACCUUUGAAAAAACGACCAUGUCAAAUGAGCAGAAAUCUCCAGAAUCACCCUUUGAGGAAACGACCAUGUCGAAUGAGCAGAAAUCUCCAGAAUCACCCUUUGAGAAAACGACCAUGUCGAAUGAGCAGAAAUCUCCAGAAUCACCCUUUGAGAAAACGACCAUGUCGAAUGAGCAGAAAUCUCCAGAAUCACCCUUUGAGAAAACGACCAUGUCGAAUGAGCAGAAAUCUCCAGAAUCACCCUUUGAGAAAACGACCAUGUCAAAUGAGCAGAAAUCUCCAGAAUCACCCUUUCAAAAAAGGACCAUGUCAAAUGAGCAGGAAUCUCCAGAAUCACCCUUUGAAGUGCUUGGAGAGGAAAAGCAUGGAAGUGACUUUGAGGACACUGCUGACUGGAUGAGAGCUCACUUACCUCCAGCACCAGAUUUCAACAUUGAAGAUCCUGAUCUUGAUGAGGGAAAUGAUUCUCCUGUGGUGCAAGAGAGCCCAUCCAAAGUGAUGAUACCGAACAGUGUUGAUACAACAGAAGUUCCAGAAACUUUUGCAGGAGUUCCUGAUCAGUUUAUGGACAGUCCUAUCAAAGUGGCAGAUGACAUCAAUCAGUCAAAUGAUGAUGACAACAAGCAGUCAAAACAAGAGUGUGUUGAGGACGAUUCUGAAUUUGACCUGAACUUUUUACCAACAGCCUAUAUGUGGGACAAACAAGAGAAAGCCAAUAUGGGCACUCAAGGCUAUCAGAUAUUCCCUGACAGUCAAGAGCUUCCUUCCUCUCCUGCUGCUCCUGCAGAUUUUGAGUCACCAUCACCCCCAGCAUCCCAACAGAUAGAGCCUAAUUCUGCACAACGUUCCAAUAUUUUGAAGGGAAACUUGGAGCCUGCUGAAAUCCAGGAGAUAGACAGUUCUGGGGAGUCAGAUGAUACAGUGAUUGAAGAAACCAUGAGCAUCCCAACAGUGGGAAAUAAUGGCCUUGACACCAAAACCCACAAGGAAGAGGAGACCGUUCCAAACAAUGAAAAACAGCCAAUACAGGUACCUAUUAUUAACGUUAUUGAAACUGAGGAGCAAGUUUUAAGUGAUGAUGAAGAACCACUUGAGGUGGAAGGAGAGGUGGAGGAGGAGGAUGAAGAGUGUCAGAUAUUGCAAGGUGAAGGCAAAAGGUCAUCCGACCUACAUGACUCAGAGGUUCCAGAAAAAGUAUCUGUGGAAACUCUACAUGAUGAGCAUAAACCUGACCAUGGCAUUUCCUCUCAGACAAAUCAAACCAGCUCUGAAUCAGAGCAAUCUCCUGAGCAUAAGGUGAUUGAAGAUGAUUAUGAAAGUGGCAUUUUUCUCCAGUCCUCUCCAGACUCCGGAGGCUUAAAUUUAGAGGACUCUCAAGAGCUUAUGUCUCAGAAUUUAGUGUCCUUUGAACCCCUUAAAGAGUCAUCCCUUGAUAAAGACAAGACAGCAGAAAUACUUUCUGACCUUCCCCCUGACAUCAGUUCCCCCUCAAAUGAGCCCAGUGAUGUAGAGACUUAUCUGGAUCAUUAUGCCAGUGAAGAGCUUGCUUUAAAAGACCAGCUGAAUUCGUCUUAUUUUAAGGAGAGUAAAGAUGAGAAAAUAGAACUUCCAAAAACAAGCUGCCUUCCAGAUAAUAAAAAUGUUCAAGAAUCCUUUGAACAUAUUACUGAUGAUUUCAAUGAGACACUCAACGAAUGCAUGCUAGACAAUGAAUCUGUGCCUGAGCCUUCUCUAUCUGUCCUUUCAUCUGAUAUUCCUGCCGAUAUUAAGAUUACUUUCCCUCAGAACAAAAUGCCAAGUAUUGAUUCAGAAGAUCAAAAGUCAGCAGUAGAAAUCAAGGAUUCAACCUUGCAGGAACAGGAAGAAUUGCCAGUCCAGGCCAUUGAUCAACAACCACCAGUUCAAGAGAACCCACCUACACCAUUUCACUCUUUUUACAAUGAGCAGUCUAGCAAAAUUCUUAACGAUAUUUCUGGCCCUAUGGCAAAUGAGGUUACUGAUGGAUCAGUGGUAACUAAGUCUGAACCUAGAGUGGUGACCACCGAAGAUCUUUCAGAUAGACCAGAUUCGCCAGAGACCCUGAGUGAUUCAGAGACCAUUGAAGCAGAAUGUUCAGUAACAGCAGCGACUGACAGUUUCGUGGAGUUCAUGAGGGAGUGUCUUAAGUCACGGCAGGACGAGGAACCUGAGGUUCUCAGUCCUGGACGAAAAACUAUAGACCAGAAUCCCAAAUCUGAUGCUUCUGCUUCCACUCAAUCCUCCCCAGCAAUGAUUAUGGACUUCGAGCAAGAGUGCCUCACAAUUUCUGCUUUGAAAGAGCUCGGGAGCAGCCAAGAGGAGGAAGACAAGAAUAUUUCCACUAUGAAGAAUGUCCUAAAGCCUGAUAAAGCUCCAAAUCCUACACCAAGUGCUGAGGUCUCCGUCACCUUAUCUUCUCACACUCUUCAAAACGAGUAUCACCCUGAUGCCUUACUUCCCAAAGAGGUAGAGGCAAUCGACAUUUGGGUAGAAGAGGCCUACCACCUUGCAGAGCAUGUCUUGACAGCAAUACUAACCCACCUUACAGUGAUUGACCUGGUGCACUGGCGGGACCCUAAGAAGUCAGGCGUGGUGUUUGGCGUGUCACUGCUGCUGCUGCUUUCUCUGGCAGCGUUUAGCGUGAUCAGCGUGGUCUCCUACCUGCUGCUGGCCCUUCUCUGUGUCACUAUCUCUUUCCGCAUCUACAAGUCUGUCAUCCAGGCUGUGCAGAAGUCCAAUGAAGGACACCCCUUCAAGGCUCUGAUGGAGAAAGAUGUCACCGUGCCCCCCGAGACCUUCCGCAAGCACGUGGACGUCUGUCUCACCCACGUCAACCGUGCACUCAAGCAGAUGAGCCGCCUCUUUCUGGUCGAGGAUCUGGUGGAUUCCCUCAAGCUGGCAGUGGUUAUGUGGCUGAUGACAUAUGUUGGAGCGGUCUUCAAUGGCAUCACUAUACUCAUCCUCGCCGACAUCAUGCUCUUCAGUGUACCGCCCAUCUAUCAGAAAAACAAGACCCAGAUUGACCAUUACAUUGACAUUGCACGCACUCAAGUCAACACUACAAUUGCCAAGCUACAAGAGAAACUCCCGGGAUCGCUGAAGCGCUGUAAAGCAGAAUGAUCCUCCUCUCGGAUCCCUCGUUACCAUGUUUACCAUCCUUCUAUCUUUAGCUGCCUCCCCUUACCCUAAGCCCCGCCCCAUUCCUAUUUUUCCCUGUUUAACCCCACACCUUAAAACAACCAUCUGCACUGAACCAGCUAGUAUGUAAAAUCUAAACAGCUUCUUGAUAUUCAAUGUUAACUCUGCAGCUUAUUAAUGAGCAUUAGGAAAAGAAGCUUGGGGCACCAGGAGCUGGUGUUUUUCAACACAAAAAGUGAUGUAAUGCUACUGGAUGCCCAUUGUGAUGGCCAGUGCAUGGAAGGAUUUGUGAACUAGAACUGAACUUCUUUUGACUGGUUUUGAGCGUUGGGAUGGGUGGUGCUGUAGUAAUGAAUAAAGACAGGU